UGGUGGCGACAAAAUGUACCGGUCCACUAAAGGAGCAUCAAAGGCUCGGAGGGAUCAAAUCAACGCAGAAAUUCGCAACUUGAAAGAUCUUCUGCCCAUCUCAGAUGCCGACAAAGCUCGUCUUUCCUACCUUCACAUCAUGUCCCUAGCCUGCAUUUACAUAAGAAAGUCCGUCUUUUUCUCUCAAGUGGCAGCAGGUCAUGACGUGAGCGGAAGCGUCCUGUCUUUGCCAGAACUCUCGGAUCUGCUGCACACACUACCAGGGUUUCUCCUAGUGCUGACGAGUGAAGGAAAACUCCUGUAUCUAUCGGACAAUGUCGCAGAGCACCUUGGCCAUUCCAUGGUGGACCUGGUGGCUCAGGGUGACAGCGUGUAUGAUAUAAUAGACCCAGCCGACCACUUCAUCAUGAGAGGCAACCUUGUGCCAAUCACCACACCUGACACAGACCGUCUGUUUCGCUGCCGCUUCAGCACUUCAAAGUUUGUAAGGAGACAGGGAUCAGGCAACAAACUGACAUUGGUUCGGGCAUGCUGUCUGACACCUCCAUACCACACAUCUUCCUACUGGACCUCCAAUCCAGUAUGGGUGUGUUUUUGCUCCCCGCUGGAGUCCAGUGUCCCUCAAGUUUCGUCAGCUAGGAAUCCUCUCCCCACCCCUCCUGCGGAGCAGUCUUUCCUCCUGUCCUGUUUCCAGUCUCAACACAGCCGGGACAUGAGAAUCCAUGCUGCUCAGGACAGUGUAAGCCUGUACCUCGGCUAUGACAUAGAGACUCUACGUUCUCACUCAUGGUACAGUCUGAUUCAUCCUCGUGAUCUCUCUCACGCUUCUGCACAACACUGCACCCUGUUGCAUGAAGGUGGAGAGAGGCAGGUGGAGAUGGUGGUCCAGGUAGAGGCAGCAGAUCAUUCAUGGGUCUGGCUUUACAUUGUUCUUCAGCUGGAGAAUGGAGAAUAUCCCAUCAACAGCCACAACUAUGUUAUAAGUGAGUCUGAAGCCUGGUCGGUGCGUCAGCAGUUGUAUUCAGAGCAGAACCAGCUGGCUCUCCUGUACCAGGAGACACGCCAGAGCUCCGACUCCCUGUCCAGCCCGGACCAGGUCUUCACACCCAGCAGCGGUGGCCUGUCCUCCCAGUCCUUCGACUUCAGCUUCACCACUUCUUGCCGGAGCUCCUCCGAGGAGCUCCCUAGCACCUCUGCAACCAGCAUGGCACUCGACCCUCUUCAGGGCUUUUCUCACGAUGAAGAGAGCCAUCCACAACUUCAUGGCGGUCACCAGAUGUGGAGAUCAGCCAUGACUGUUUCCCCUGAACAUCAAAGCAACAUCCCGAGUCUUUCUGCAGUUCCCCAAACUCAUGUCGCCCCUCCGCCCCUUCCUCCGUUCAAACCUCCUCCUAAGUGCCAAAGCUCAGAGGAGUUCAUUUGCACACCUCCUUACACCCCAAGACUCGGAGGGGGGAGUUUCAUGUUUGGUGAUGAGACCUUUAAAUCAGACCAUAGCAAUGUAGUCAAAAUGAGGCAGUUUAUAACCUCAGUGCCCCUUCCUGCAAGCAUCGGCCCUACUCAACACUGCCGCAAACGCCUAUACGAAACACUACCGCCCACUCCAGACAGCCCAGGCAGUGAUGAAUGCAUUCUCAUGGUGCUGCCGGAGAUCAGAGGACCUCUGUAUAUCGACGUCCCCCAUUUCCCAUUCCACAAUCACCCCGAAGGCCUUUUAACCCCCGAGGCCUCACCGACUAAAAAACCCUGUUUGAGUUUCUUCCCUCGGGAAGAUGAUUCAGAAAGAGAACGAAUGGAGAUCUCACUCCUGGCUCAGUACAUUAGCACUUUAGCUGAAGGUUUCUGUCACAGCCACCCACAAAACACAUCGGCUCCCCCUCAUCACGCAUCGUUUGAGGGCCCAAACUCCUCGCUGGCUCACAUUGAUGUCUUUAUGUUUGAGGAGAAAGCAGUAGAUGGCAUCCCUCUUCCAAAUCUGCCAUCCACCUCCCCCGUACCUCCCUCGCCUUACUCAUCAGCGCCAUCCUACACUCAGUGCUCUCCGAGCCGCAGCUCCCCUGUCCAUGCGCAGGAGGAGAUGGCGACUCUGAAUGUUGUAAACCACCUCUGUAGCGUCCAGCCGACGCACUGUAAUCGCAUGGCCAGGGGUGGGCUGCAGGAAGCCGAGAGACCUGACGAGGAUGAGGAGACGAUGUCCACCCCAGGGUCCCCUGCACUUCCUGCCCUCACUCCUGCUCUGCCUUGUGCUCAGUCCCUGCUAGAGGAGCUGGUCACCAUGGAACCUGUGUUUGGGGCAGCCGCCCCGAUGACUCCUGCCGAGAGGCAGCAAGAUGAGUUGUAUCAACUCCCUCAUCAAAGCGGGCAACAGAUCUUCUACCAAGGUGAGAAACGGUGGCAUUUUUUGGAAUUAUAGCAUGUCAGUAUCUCAAAGUUUUUUUGUCUAAACUGUGCUUUUUCUCUCUCCUUUCCUACAGAUGGAACCAGUGAUCACAUGUUUUAACAUAAGUCUGUGACUUAAUCAAUGAAGUAUGGCAUAUUGUCAUCUUUUACAAAGCUAUUUUUCUGGGAUAAUGUGGUAGAUUUAAAACAAAGUGUGUAAAAAAGGAUUAUUUAUGUUUAUAUUUCAAUAUCAUGAAGUCACAUGAACAUGCAUCCUAUUCAUAUUGGACUGUCACUUUGGGGAAACGUACUUAAAGUAACAUUAAGGCAAUUGCCACUUUGUAUUCACUUAUAGUGAAGUCUGUGUUUUACUGAAUGAAUAUGUUUAUGAAUCACAAGUGUAUCUUUAAACCAUCGUAGAGUUCUACGAUCAAGUAGAGGAUUGAUUCCUACCUACAAUACUCUCUUUCUAUUUGCUCUUCAUUGUGCCAUUGCAUGAAAACCAUAGAGAAAACUUAAUAAUAAACAAUAUUCCUUUAUGUUUUGUCCUUUGUUUGUAGAACAAUAUAGGAUUUGCUUACAGUCUUAAAAUUAAAGGUUACUGACAUUAAUGGUUCCUUGAAGAACCUUAGACACUUCAAAUUGCAUGAAAGGUAGAUAUAUCUAGUAGAUAUACAAAUUUUCUUGAAAUUAAAAAAAGUUUGACUGAAAAUUCUUUGAGGAACCCAAAGUGGUUCUUCUAUGCAUUGCUGUGAAAACCUUUCUUUUUAAGAGUGCAUUCAAUGUAUUAUUUGUUCUUGUCCACAAAGAAUAUCCUUGAAUUUGAUGUGCUCUUGUUUUCCAAAUAUGUAUAUGAGAGUCAAUUAAAUGCAUCAAAGCAA